CCUCUUCCCCACGCCAGCGGAGAAGCAGAAUACAAGGACCCCAGUAGCUAGGCUGUGUGAUUAAUUCUUAUAUAUACCUAUAUUAAAAAAUAAUUUUAAAAAAGGAAAAUUUUCUCAGCCGAAACUAACGUUUAAGGGAUUUUGUAAGAAAGUGCGAGGAAGGGCUUCAACAGAAAAAGAAAGCAGGCGGGUGCCCCUGCGCAGCAGCCUACAGCAUCCUCCCUUUGCAUCUCGUUCUCAUCUCUCCUCCUUCUUUGCCUCUGCGCUUUUACAAGACUCCUGGCUCUCCCACUCCGAUCCCCUGUGACUGUUAAGUUGGCGCGAGCCGCGGCGUGUCCGUUUUUCUCUUGUUGGAGCUUGAACCCCAUUUCUGAGCUGCUGGAAGUGUACCACCACAGCCCCCGAGAGCUGGCUGGACUCUGUAGUUUUCGUCUUCCCGACACAGGCGGAUCAUCGCGGGGACCUUGCGCGGAGUCAAAGGGACUGGAAAUUAUUUAUCCCUCUCACAUUGACGUAACGCAUGGUGGGAAUUUCUGCCUCUUUUCAGUAUCGCACUGGGAAGCUCUCCACCAUGCCCGACUCACCUGCGGACGUUAAAACACAGUCCAGGUUGACCCCCCCUACCAUGCCACCCCCACCCAGUACACAAGGAGCACCUCGUAACAGCUCCUACACACCCACCACAUUAACCAAUGGCAGUAGCCACUCCCCAACAGCCCUCAAUGGUGCUCCAUCUCCUCCAAAUGGCUACAGCAAUGGUCCUAGUUCAUCCUCCUCAUCCUCUCUGGCCAACCAGCAGCUGCCGCCAGCCUGUGGUGCUCGGCAGCUCAGCAAGCUGAAGCGCUUCCUCACAACUCUUCAGCAGUUUGGGAACGACAUCUCUCCUGAAAUUGGUGAACGAGUCCGCACGUUAGUGCUGGGACUGGUGAAUUCCACGCUAACCAUCGAGGAAUUUCACUCCAAGCUCCAAGAAGCAACCAACUUCCCCCUGCGACCUUUUGUCAUACCCUUUCUGAAGGCGAACCUGCCACUCCUUCAGAGGGAGCUGCUGCACUGUGCCAGGCUAGCUAAGCAGAACCCAGCUCAGUACCUAGCCCAGCAUGAGCAGCUACUCCUGGACACCAGCACCACAUCCCCGGUGGACUCUUCUGAACUCCUGAUGGACGUCAAUGAGAACGGCAAGAGAAGGACGCCAGACAGAACCAAAGAGAAUGGCUUCGAGCGAGAUGGUUCCCUGCAUCCUGAAGUCCACCCCAGCAAACGACCCUGCACCAUGAGCCCUGCCCAGCGUUUCAGUCCAUCUAAUGGUCUUUCCUACCAACCCAAUGGCCUGCCACACCCGGGUCCACUUCCCCCGCAGCACUACAGAUUAGAUGACAUGGCCAUUGCCCAUCAUUACCGUGAUACCUACAGGCACCCAGCCUCUAAUCAUCGGGAGAUCCGGGAGAGAGCCAGACCCAUUGGAAUGCAUGCAGGAACCAGGCAGGAGGAAGUCAUCGACCACAGGCUGACAGACAGGGAAUGGGCUGAGGAAUGGAAGCACCUUGACCAUGUAAGAAAACUGCUGAACUGUAUCAUGGACAUGGUAGAGAAAACGAGGCGCUCACUGACGGUGCUGAGGCGGUGCCAGGAGGCCGACCGAGAGGAGCUCAACUACUGGAUUAGGCGAUACAGUGAUGCAGAGGAGCUGAAGAAAGGUGCUGCUAGUGGGCAGUCAAGGCAGCAGAGCCCUGCUGCACAGGAAAACACAACAUCAGAAAUUCACAGGGAGCUCCUGCACCGGCCAAUGUCCGGCUACGUCCCCGAAGAGAUCUGGAAGAAAGCUGAAGAGGCAGUGAAUGAAGUGAAGCGACAGGCCAUGUCAGAGCUGCAGAAAGCCGUGUCAGAGGCCGAGAGAAAGGCUCACGAGAUGAUCAGCAGUGAGAGGGCAAAGAUGGAGCGCACAGUAGCUGAGGCCAAGCGUCAGGCAGCUGAGGAUGCACUCUCCAUAAUCAACCAACAGGAGGACUCCAGCGAGAGCUGCUGGAACUGUGGUCGUAAGGCCAGUGAGACAUGCAGUGGCUGCAACACAGCACGCUACUGUGGUUCCUUCUGCCAGCAUAAGGAUUGGGAGAAGCACCACCAUGUCUGUGGUCAGACCCUCCAGGCCCAGCAGCAGCAAUCCAGCCAGCAGCAGGGAGGUAUCCCAGGAUCAGAGACCCCUGCUCCCAUCAGCUCCUCUGCCUGCACCCCAAGCAGCGGGACUGGGAGUCCAGCUGCAACCCCACCUGCUGCUACCCCACGUUCAUCCACUCCCAGCACCCCAUCCUCCGCUGCCCUUGAUGGCACACCACGCUAAGAGACACACACAGGCAAAAGCUCUGAAGGUGUAACAGCCAGCCCUCAAACCUACAAACAGCAUGACUGUUUACAUAGCCUUGCAAAAACACUAAUACUGUGGCUAACAGAAAGAGAUGGCAAAGCUUCUGUCUAUCUUGCAGCAUAGUCAAAGAAGGAGAAAGACGAGGUCCAUAAUCAGGUCAUAUUGACUUGCCAUGACUUUAAAGAAAACACAAAGAUAUUCUUUGUUUUGAAUGAAUGAAUUUAAAUAUUGACAUCCUUUUAUGGUUACACUUUGGCUAUUCUUGUCUUUUUGUCGUUGUACCUGUUAUUGUUAUUGUUGUUGUCAUUGUAGCUUAUCUUAUUACUUUCUGUAAAUAUAAAGAGACUGACCAGAGAUAACCGUGAACUCAAGACAAAUAUCUCUGACCUUCCCUUUUUCAGUGUUUUUAUUUUUCAUCCUUAGCUUAAGGCUUAUUUUCUUCCUGUACCUGGGACAUAAGCCUAAUCAACUUCAAACAUUUUACCAAACAACAUACAAAGGCAACAUUCCUAGCUAGCAGAACGAUAGAACUUAUUGUAAAGAAACAGAUUAGAUUAAACACCCCGAACGUUACAUAAACAAGUUUCCUGCCUGCAGAGGGGAGAGGGAUGGACUGAAACUCUGGCCCACAGACCGCCAUGAAAUGGGCAGAUGUGCAGCAGAUUGCAAGCAGAGCCAGCUGUUCUACCAAUGUUAUUACCCUCUCACUUGUAAUAAUAUCCAUGUCAGUGGGCUGGGAAAUACAAAUCUGCCCCCCCAGAAGGAUGCAGAGGGAAGAAAUCUUGGACAAGAUGCAAAAACUUUGCCCACUGCACACGUAGAGGAUAUACGGAAUGCAGUUCGCACAUGCUUGCUCAGUGGGUCACAAAAGCUUUGAAACAAACAGGAGGUGAGGUCAUCAUCCUGCCAGCUAGACUGUCAAAUCACCUGGACAGCAGCCACUGGGCCGCUCAGAGCUGGAAGCCUUCAAUGUGGAGAUUCACCCCAGCUGCUCCCCUCCUGUCUCAUGAUUGAAAAAGCAUUAUCAUCGUUCUCCAUGUUCUUAUUAGUUUCUGUAGAUGUCAUGGUGUGUAAGACUUCUGUCCUGUGGUGUCAGCAAUGGUUAUUUAUUGCAUAUGUGUUGGACAAUUGUGACAAUGCAUAGUUCUUCAACCAGUCACAACUCCAAGUCCUUCAUAACUCUCGUUCUAGCUGGUGCAAAAAAAAAAAAGAUGAAAAAAAGGAGUGUUAUCUUUUUUCAAGCUGCUUUUCUAUUAUGUGUGUAAGUAGUAGAUUCCUCGUAGUUCUAUAAGUUUAUUCCUCCCCCCAGUUCUCAAAAAAAGAGACACGCUAUAUCUCAGAGCUGCUACUUGAGUCUGACCCAGAUCUUUUCUGAGAACUAGCAUGUUGCGCGGAAUGCUAACCUAAAUGUUUUGUACAAGGGACAUACAUAAAUGUAUUUGCACUGUCACGGAGGUUAUUUCGGCAUGCUUCUUUUCAGCAUAUUUGUGUUGUUGGUAUAGAGCCAUAAUUCAACAACCAUUUUGUCUGUAGGUUUAGCAUUACUUGUUUUUAUAUUAUUGGAUGGAUGGCAUUGGGAAAAAUGUUAACACACCAAAUCCAUCUAUAUAUAUAUUUUUUUUCUACUCACCAUUGAUAAGAAAGGCAGCCAUAAAGUCAUGUUUUUGUUUGAAUAGUUACAGACAGUGCAUGCACAUUACUGAAGGUUUGUUAAAUAUUUGUUAUUUUUUAGAAAAACUGAAAAAUUACCAAAAGAAAAAGGACAAAAUACAAAAAAAAAAAAAAAAAAAAAAAAAUCAACAAAGUAAUUUUCCAAAUGCAAAGGUGUAGACUCCGAUUGACAGCUUUAACACUGCAAAGCACCAGGUAACACACACAGUAUUAACACAAAAGUUAAACAUGAAAACACCAAAAACAGCCAAAGACUGACACCAAGGACCAAAAUCCUGACUUAAACAAUUUCUGGAAAGGGGUUUGUCCACUCAUGUUAGAUAUUUAUUUCUCCAGUUUUCAUCCACACUGUCACGAAAAAACUUUAUUUAAAUGAUUUAUGGAAAACAGAAGCACCUAUCUUUCAUUGUGAAGUGAGAAGGUGUCAAUAAAACAUGACGACCAUUUACAGCAGUGAUACGUUUGAACUGGAGCAAUAAUGUUUAAUGAAAUAUCAAAACUUCUCUUAAUAUUUUUCAAGUAGAGUUAAAAAUACUUUAUUGUUCAUUACAGCAUUUUCUCAUCAAACAAAUGUCAGAUAAAGUGUCCAUUUCAGCUUUAAGCAUUUUUUUUUUUCUUUUAAUCCAACAAAGUGAAUGUGAGACCGAAUUUUCACACUAAGAUCCUCUGCAGUUGUUUUCUAUACAUUCAAAUGAAAUUAAGGGAUAAAAACAUAGUUGUAGCUUUGAUGGAAAACUUGAGUGUAAAUCAAACAAACCUCUUAUUUGCAGAAAGAGAGCACUUACCCUGACACAAACACAGGCUCCUCACCCCAAAAACCUUGGUGCUACACAGAAAAGCGCGUUACAAAAAAUUCUGACCUCAAGGAACAGGUGAAGGCCCGGAAACGGCAGUUAGCUCCCUCUAGCCUUCAUCAUCUCUCCCUUCUUGUCUGAAUAAAAUACACACCUGAAUUCUUGACUUUAAAGGGUUAAACAAUCCAAAUAGGUGUCUAACACCCUCGUAACAACUUCUCAGAAGCUGUGAAAAGACAGCCAAGCUGUCUUAACACUUGUGUAUUUAGAAUUAUACAACAAAUAAACUAUGUGUUCAUUAUUAUCAGGGCAAAAUCUGGGUUUAAAAAAAAAACAAAACAAGGCAAACACGAUCAGUCAACGGCUCUUUGAAAAACUUUUUUCCACUUCUACCCUCUUCUGUGUGUGUUUUGCUACAAAUUCCUCAGUGGCAAACAAGUUUCACUCUACCUCUUACAGCACGAAAAGAGCAUCAGUCGCGGCACUGAUACUGGUCUAGUCGAAACCAAAUGGGCACAAGAGAACAGGAAAAUGAUAAAAACCCAAAGUCGAAGCUCAUACAGCUGCAAACCAUAUCACUACUUGGUAACAAUGCAGACCUCAUGAAUAAAUGAAACAUAAAUGAACAAAAAUUUGAAAAAAAAAAAACAGAAAAAAUAACUUUUAUGUUCCUUUAUGCCUGUGGCGUUUCAAGAGUCUGAAUUGUUUGAACAGAUCUUUUGAAAAAAUGUGCUAAUAAAAAAAAAGUGUUUUCAAUUCCUAUUUCAGUGACACAAGCUAAGGUUACAAAUAAGAAAUGGUUCUCUUGAUCUGUUUUCUCCCCUUUUUUCUCCUCUUCUCUGUUGUGAAGACAUGCUGAUGUGCUUGUUGACUUGUCAGCUGGGGAAUACACAAAAUAAAAUGAAGAUCGAGGCUAUGAAUUUAGGCAUGCCGGUUUUUGACAAUAGGGGGAAUGUUAUUUAAAUUUUCUACUUAUUAGGAAACAUUGGGGGAAUUGUGGGGGCCAACAGUGAACAGCAUAGCAUUAAUCAUGGGGAAUGAGUUGAACUUCAGGGGUGGGGUGGGGGGGGUUCUGUUCUCUUGAGAAAAUUUAUUAUGGAAAAAAAAAUGCUCAAAUAAUUUGAAGUUGUUGUGCAAUACUUAAUUGAGACAAGAAAACCACAGAUUAGUGGUAGGCUGACAGUAAGUGGUCUUUACAUCGCUUAGGGUCAGUGUCCUCUAGAGAGCUUUCCAGUCUACUAUGUCAGAGCUGUGGUUUCUUGUUGAAUUUUCUUUUUGUUUCUUAAUUUUAGUUUUUCUCUUUUUUGGGGCUGUAAACUAUGGUCUGUCAGUCUGUGAAACUUUGCAGUAUAAUUCUGGUAUUGUUGUUCUAUUCAUGGUGUAAUAAAUAUGUUAAUUCUUGCCCAGAGA